CUCCUCAGGCGGUGACCGACGUGCCAAGCACAAGAUAAUCGCACUGAUCACGCAGUGCCAGCCCGUGUCGAAGGUAAGGUGACGUCGGGUGUCCCAGUCGCAUGUGUAAUUCCAGUAUGCAUCUCUUUACCGCUCCACGGCAUCUGUGAAUUGCCGUAAGGCGUAUUAAGACCAUCUCUCGAAGAGCAUGGGGCCUCCGUUCGUUUGCUACUGCUUCAUAGCCCUGUCCAUCUGGUGUUACGGCGUUGCUACAAACGGCACUACACAGCCGUCAACCUCUACAAGCCUUCCAGGUAUUUAUGAGGUUGAGGACGUCAUCGAACACUCUAACACGUCCUGCAGAGACUGCGACAGCCAAGUGAAGCUCCAUCCGCCCAAGAGUGAGAUGAGACAGACUGGUGGAACUGCACGGUUCCGAUGCGUUGUUCCGCUGCAGGGUGAAAUAUCUGCCGGUCUCCGAUGGACACAUAACGGACGUAAAGUCACGAAGAACUCAAAGUAUGACGUGCGAUUGUACGUCUGGAAGCAGGGGCUUUUUACGCAGCUCAAGAUCAGAAAUGUCACCAUCCAUGACAAGGGAGAAGUCGCUCUUCACGUGCCUCCUUACAACCGAACAUUCCGGGCCAAUUUAACGGUGGUUGAUCCAGUUGAAGCUACCGUUGGAGAGCCCUGCUUUUCACAGCGCAACUGCGUGGAUAACAACACUUACUGCUUAAUGCCCGGGCGGGUGCUUAAUGGGACAUGCAUAUGCCGACGAAAGACUCCAGUUUACAUUCGAGAACGUUCUGGAUGCUUUCCAGCUGCACAGGGCCGGGAUACCUGCUUCCAUUCCGAACAGUGCCGUUUCUUUGUGCUGGGAUCUCAAUGCAUUAACAACCAGUGCCUGUGCCCUGGCAACACCGUCGUUGCUUUCGGAGCGUGUCUUCCAGCCCUUGCACUUGGAAGUCCGUGCAGUGACGCUCUUGGCCGCUGCAGUGCGUUCAUGUCCUACUGCGACAGCUCGGGAACCUGUGCGUGCCUCCCUGACGCACGCGAGAAAAAGGGAACCUGUCACAUACGCCGUGGUGUCGGCGGCGUCUCUGACUGGAGGACAUGGUUGUGCUACACUUUGGCCAUCAUUGCCAUUUCCGGCGUGCUCGGACAUGCGUACUAUCACAGAGAGCAUGCAAGCAACAGAGGCGGCGUCUAAUGGAAAGAAUGAAGAACCUAGGUCACCGAGACCCCCCAACUGGAGUCACUCAUUUACCCCGCUGGACCAACGUCAACACGGCAGGUAACACGAAGCAAAUUCCUAGACUUCAUGAAGGAGGGUAACCUCCUAGGUGUUCUCUGACAACAAGGAAGGAAUACAGAACGAUGUGACCUGCCUGACCAACAACCUGUGACCAACUGGAGUAACUGUGAACAACAAACUUGUGACCAGCUAAUGUGACCAAGCAGUAUGUGACGUGUUGGCAACAAAUGUAACAAAUGGAAGUUAUUAUGGGGAACCCAAGGUGACCAACAUAUGGCACAGCCACCGAACUUUGCACUGAACGGAUCAUUGCUAUGUGUCGUGCGUCUUGUUUGUGUGUCCCGUUCGUCGUUUUCUUUUUUUUUUCUCUCUCUCUCUCUGCGGCAACUUAGCGCGCGUCUCGGCAGGCACACAAGCCGCGGUUACAUGAACGCGACAGAAAUGGGUCGAGUCGGUUUAUCGCAGCAAAUCCUCUCCCAUCAGGCCGUGUCAACCAAUCUUCGAGGGAGAAUUGGUGUGAGGAGGUGCGAUAAGUCAACUCGACCCGUUUCUGACAGGUCCAUGUAACCGCGGCUACAGUAAAUCUGAAGAACAGCCUUCGACAUCUUCACAAACUGUCGGCUAGUGCUUCAGCUUACCUGUUAAGGUCGUAACCAGAAUCCUCUUCUCCCAUCCCAAUUUUUGUCAUACUGUGCAAUGCUUGUUGUGAUCCAUAAUAUCACCAAAUAUUGCUGUGCAAAUGACUCUCUAGCACGCCCAUACUACGUUGGUGGGUCACGUGCUUUCAAACUAGGAGGCUAAUUGGUGUACGCGUGGAUCAGCCGAGAAACAACUUCGUGCCGGGUGUGCUGUCUGAUCGGCUGAAAACAUGUUUUCCUCAGACGCGUCAAGACAAGUGUUGGCACAGUUUCCUGUGAAGAUGGCCCAGGACAAACGAUCCCCAAUCACUUGAUCCGCAAGAGCAUGCUAGCAAUUCUACCACCACCACAACCUUGUGCCUCUUCUUGCGCUUGGCUUCGAUUCAUUUGCAUAGCAAAGCUUCGUGGAUCUGUAUGUGCUCGUUUCAUCUUGGUUUCUAGGUUAGCGAGGUGGUGCUAGUACAUAGACGCCAGAGCACAAAUAUUUUCGUGCUCGUGGGGGUGUUUCAUCGCCACAGUACCAGGGCAAUACCACUUAGAUUUUCUACACAGUAGCACCUUGAUCUACUUUGGUCUACCUUUGUUGCUUUGCAGUUAUUGGUUGACCGUAAGAUAAUACGAUGACAUGAUGAAUUAGGUCAAUUUCCGUUUCCCUUGACGCUCUUGCGCAACGCAGUGUUGUCCACAUUCAUUCUCACCUGAUGCUCCAAAGCGCUCCUCCCCCACGCAGCUCCGUUCACGUACGCGGAGGUGCAGUCACCGUAUAGCGAUUGCGUUAUCGGUUAUCGAUUGACGUGUUUUCAACAUAACUAUGCGGCCGCGUUUCACGUGACCUGGUUUUUAUCAUUUUAUUAACGAGCACGAAAACACAACGAAUAACCGAUUUUUUCACUGGCGCAUUAGAUAAACGGCCCUCUAGUGGACAUCACAGGUUCCUGUAAAGAGAGGGAGAAGAGUACACAUUCAGUACAAAGCAGUCCAGAGCCAUCUUCCCAAGCACCAACUAGAAAGAUUGUGCCACAGCAAGGACAAACACACACACACACACUAUAGGAAGCCAUCACUUUAUAUUUGGACAUCCACACACAACAGUUUAUACUGUUGCGCAUAAGUGUUGUGCAUUACAUGUGUCCAAGUGCACUACAAG